GCUUUGGGCCCAUCAGCUCCAAUAGAAACAUGGUUGAUUUUUCUGCUUUUUCGGGGGGAUUUAUUGCUCUUUUUUGGCUGGAUUUACCCCAAAAAACCCCAAAUGGGAUUUCUGCAGAAACCAAAACAUCUCCCCGACCCCAAAUUCACCCUUUUUCCUCUGAAUUCCCAUAUGGGAUUUCAACUCCGGGUCAAAGCCAUGUCAGCACAAUUCAUUGCGUUUCUGCUUUUCGUUCUUCUUUUUUUUUACCCAAAAAAAGCAAAUAUUUAUAUAUAUAUAUUUGAGCUUUAUAAGGAGGCUGAAGGUGAGCCGGGAGCCCCAUUUCUUUGCAGCUGAGCUCAAAUCCGUGCUUCUUUUUUGGGUCAUUUUAAGGUGAAAUUGGGACCGAACCGUGAAGACAAGGAAUCGGGAUGAAAUCCUCCUUUGUUUUCUUCUUCCUCAUGUCAGAAAUAGUGACAAACAUCCACCCAACACCCCAAGCACCUUUGCUUUAUCCCUAUGGCCUGGACCAGGGUGACCGUAAAAACCCCAAACUCGAUGAUGGGACAUCCAAGAGGCUGCCCCUCUCCGUGCCCUUCACUUUCUAUGGCAAAGAAUACCGAACCCUUUACGUGAACAACAACGGCGUGAUCUCCUUCGACACCCAGGUCAAGCAAUACACCCCCGACCCCUUCCCACUUGCUGAUGGCCGGGCCUUUGUCGCGCCCUAUUGGGGUGAUGUGCACAACGUGCUGGGUGGGGAGAUCUACUACCGCCAGACCACCGACCCGGAGCUGCUCCAACUCAUCACCCAUAACAUCAACCAGUAUUUCCCUGCUAUCCCCUUCACUGCCACGUGGGCUUUCGUGGCCACCUGGGACCACGUGGCUUAUUACGACUCCAAAAGCAAUAAGGGCAACACCUUCCAGGCCGCCCUCACCACCAGCACAGACACAUCCUUCGUCAUCCUCAACUACAAGGACAUCCAAUGGACCACGGGGGUAGCAAGCGGCGGUGACCCCAAAACUGGCCUUGGAGGCACCCCGGCCCAUGCUGGUUUCAACAGUGGGGAUGAAACCAACUACUACAACAUCCCCGGCUCCCGCACCGAAGCCGUCAUCAACAUCACCAAGACCUCCAACGUCAACGUACCAGGACGUUGGGUCUUCCAGGUGGAUGACUUCAAGGUGACCGGGGUCCCCACUGAGACCCCCAACUCUGCUGCUGACAAGAGGUGCUGGCUGUCUACCCAAUCGAGAUCAAACCAGGUUCUCCCUGAAGACCAACUUGACUCUGAUUCCCCAUCUCAGGUCACCACAGCUGAUCUGAUGGCGAAUCUCCCCCUGCCCUUCACUUCCAUAGGUGUCCUUCAUUACCCCAACGUGGCCACGUCGGCCGCACACCACCUGGGCAAAGAGUUUGUGGUGUCCUUCAUGCAGAACGGCUUGCAGCAGACCCUCAACAGCGACUUCAAGCUGCUCAUCAGAGGUUAUUCCCCCUUCACAUCCGUCACUAUCUCCAUGAAGAAACCAGGUUUGAGGAUGACGGUACAAGUGACCACGGGUCAAACCGUCCUGGUGAAGAUCCCACCCCAAGCGGAGAUGGUGGGGAGCAAAACCUUUGAGAACACGGUGGUGGUGAAGGCCAACAACCCCAUCUCCUUGGUGGCCAUCAAUGAGAAACCCACCUCGGUGGAUUCCACCGUGGUCUACCCCUUACACAGCUGGGGCACUGAAUACCAGAUCGUGACACCCAACGUGGGCACCGACCGCUACGGUGAAUUCACGGUGGUCGCGUGGGAUGAACCCACCACUGUUGAGGUGCAUCUCAAAGGCACCGUGACGUACCAAGGCCAAUCUUACCCUCGUGGCUCCGUGCUCCCCAUUCAACUCAAGCCUUUCCAAGCAGCUCAGCUCCAAAGCCCAGCAGAUAUGUCCGGCACCCGCGUCGUGGCACAAAAACCAGUGGCCGUCUUCACCGGCCACACGUGCGUGGCAAGACUCACCCAAUGUGACCAUUUAGUAGAGCAGCUCCAACCCAUUUCCAGCUGGGGUAGCACCUUCAUUGUGCCCCCGUUGCCUUUUGAUACUCAGUCUGAUAUAGUCUAUGUCUCCACAUCCCAACGCACACACGUGGAAUCUCAACAUGGGAUGACUAAAUCUGCUCGGGAUCUCCGGGCCGAUCGCUCUACGCUCUAUGGACUCCAAGCCCCACAUACGUUGUACCUCUCUGCUAACGCUGGCAUCCAGGUCAUUUAUUUUGGUGAUGGAGGUAACAAAGGCUCCAUCACUUACGACCCGUUUUUUAUGACCAUCCCAGAUGUCUCCAGCUAUUGCCUCUCCCACAACGUCUUCGCUCUGGAGGGUUAUGAGAAUUACGUCCUGCUGAUAGCCAAGACCUCAGAGGUGGCUGGGAUAAUGCUCAACAAAACACCCUUAGGAAACACCAUGUGGGUGCCCAUCCUGGGCACGGAGUAUUCCUGGGCAAGGCAAAGCUUGGGCAGUCAGUUUGCUGUCCAUACAUUGGAACACAAGACGUCCCCUUUCGGGGUGCUCAGCAUGGGGAUUCGGGAGCAGAAAUCCUAUGGGCUGAUGGCAGUGUGUGAUAGUGAUCCAUGCCGGAACACGCAAUGCCGUGCGAAGGAAAGCUGCAGAAUGGAGAAGGGGGAAGCACUGUGCGUCCACGACUACAUGGGGACGUGCAUGGGGUCACGGUCCCUGCAGUAUCACACUUUUGAUGGGAUGGAUGUGGAUAUCCGGGGUGGUUGCACCUACACCAUUGCCAAGUAUUGCGGUGCCGAUCCCACCCUCGUUCCAUUUGUGGUGGAGGAGAAGAAGAGCGAAGGAGAUCUCAAGGAGUGGCUGACAAAUGUCCUCGUGCACGGGUACAACAUCUCCAUCCAGAUGGGAGAGGGUGGAAGAAUCCAGGUCAACAAUCAACCCAUCACCCUGCCGGCCAACCUGCAGAAUGGGAAAAUCCAGAUCUCCCAAAACGAAGGCAGGAUCAUCCUACAAACAGAUUUUGGGCUGCAGGUGACCUACGACGAGGACUGGGCCAUCAUGGUGGCUGUGCCCAGCAGUUAUUUCGGGGCCACCUGUGGGCUCUGUGGGAACUUCAAUGAGGAUGGGGAGGAUGAGAUGAAACGUCCUGAUGGCACCGUGGCCAUUGAUGCGAUAGAUUGGGCUGAGAGCUGGAGAGAUCCUUCAUGUCAAGAGGAUUGGAAAGAGGAAGAAACGCUGCAGGACACAGUGGAGGACACAGGGGGACAAGGGAGCCAAACAGAUGGCAAACAGUCUUGUGCACCCAAUGAGAAAUGCACAGUGGACAGAAGCCCCCCACGCCGCCGAGCAACCAAAACCUCCACCUGCAUCGGGACGGGCGACCCCCAUUACACCACAUUUGAUGGGAGAAAGUACGACUUCCAAGGGACCUGCAUCUACCAGUUUGCUGCCCUCUGCUCAUCCGACCCCACUCUCAUCCCCUUCAAUGUCACCGUGGAGAACAACAACAGGGGCAGCAAAGCGGUUUCCUUCACCAAGACCGUCACCAUGGAGGUGUAUGGGGAUGUCAUCAGCAUGAGCCAGGAGCACCCAAAGAAGGUGAAGCUCAACGGGGCCUUUGUGGAGCUCCCAUUCACCCGCAAGGACCACUAUGAGCUCUACCACAGCGGCGUCCACGGUUUCAUCCGCACCUCCUUUGGUUUACGGGUCAGCUUUGAUUGGUACAGCUACGCCCGCGUCAUCAUCCCCGACACCUACGCUGGUUCCAUCUGCGGCCUUUGUGGCAACGCCAACGGUGACCCCAACGACGACUUCAUUUCCCACAACGGGAAGCAAAUUGAGGAUGAAAUCCGCUUUGCUGAUAGUUGGAAGGUCAAGGAUGUCCCCGGUUGCUCGGCGCGUUGUGUUGGGGAUUGCCCGACGUGUGGCGAAGAGCAGAAGAGACCCUACCGCGGUGAUGAGUAUUGUGGGGUCAUUGGGGCCAGCAGGGGACCCUUCCGGGACUGUCACCGUGUUGUUGACCCAGGGCCCUUCCUGGAGGACUGUGCUUUUGAUGCAUGUCAGUACAAAGGACGGAGGGACGUCAUCUGCAAAGCGGUGGCUGCUUAUAUGACUGAGUGCCAAAGCAACGGGGCCGCUGUGGGGCAGUGGAGGACGCCGUCCUUCUGUGCCCCCGUCUGCCCACCCCACGCUCACUACGAGCUCUGCGGCGCUGCCUGCCCUCCCACCUGCCGGCCCCACGCCCUCCCUGAAGGCUGCACAUCAGCCCCAUGCACCGAGGGCUGCUUCUGCGACGUGGGCUUCAUCCUGAGCGGCUCCGAAUGCGUCCCGGCCUCCGACUGCGGCUGCGAACACAACGGCCUCUAUUACAAGAAAGGAGCAGAGUUCUACCCCUCGUGCUACGAGCAAUGCAUCUGCAAAGCUGGAGGGGUGACGGAGUGCAGGGCAGCAUCCUGCGGCGCCCACGAGGAGUGCAGGGUGCAGGACGGGGUGCUGGGCUGUCACCCUGCUGGCUACGGGCGCUUGGUGGUGUCUGGGGACCCCCAUUAUGUGACCUUUGAUGGUCGAGCCUUCGAUUUGAGGGGAUCCUGCAGCUACGUGCUGGCCAAGGUCUGCAGAGCUCAGCGUGGGUUGGCCAACUUCACGGUGCUGCUGGAGCACGAUGGCGGGGGGCAGGGAGAUUUGGCGCUGGUGAAGAAGGUGACGGUGGGCAUCUAUGGGCACACGGUCAGCAUGGAGCAAGGGCGGCGCUGGGAGGUGAUGGUGGACGGUGAGCAUUUCACGUUGCCGCUGGUGCUGGAGGACCAGAAGCUCCACAUUGGACAAGAGGGGACCAACCUCGUCUUGCAAACAACCUCAGGCCUCCGUCUGCUCUACAAUGCAGCCACCUAUUUGCUGGUCACCAUCCCCAAUGCAUACAGGGGUCGUGUGUGUGGCUUAGGGGGCAACUUCAAUGGGGAUCCCGGUGAUGAUUUCCUGCUCCCCGAUGGAUCCCCUGCUAAAAGCACGGAGGAAUUUGUCACCUCUUGGAAAACACCUUCAGCUGAUGGAGGUUGCACCGAGGGUUGCAAUGGGAAGCCGUGUCCGUCAUGCGAUGCUGCAGCCAUUGCUCCCUAUGGCAGCGGGGAUGAAUGCGGCAUCAUCACCCACCCAAUGGGGCCGUUCGGGUUGUGCCACCGUAGGGUGAACCCGGUGCAGUAUUUCCAGCAUUGCCUCCAUGAUGUUUGUGCAGCCAAUGGGGCGCAGGAUGCUCUGUGCCACAGCCUGCAAGCCUACGCCGCUGCUUGCCAAGCUGCUGGUGCUGAGAUUGGAGGAUGGAGGACGGCGGACUUUUGCCCCCUCUCCUGCCCGCCCCACAGCCACUACGAGCUCUGCACCCGCACUUGUGAAUUCACCUGUGCCAGCCUCUCCGUGCCCACCCCGUGCAGCUGGCCGUGCUUCGAGGGCUGUCAAUGCGACGAUGGGUUCCUCUUCGAUGGCGGCUCUUGUGUGUCCCUGGAGCGAUGUGGAUGCGUCCACCAGGGGAUGUACCUCAAGGCGGGUGAGACCAUCACCUCCAACAACUGCACCAUGAGAUGCCACUGCCACCCAUCGCAGGGUCUCAGCUGCCAGCCCACCCGUUGUCCCCCCAAUGAGGUCUGCGUGGCUCAGGAUGGGACACAGCGAUGCCUGAAGGAGGAAGGACGUUGUCUGAUCUCCCCCGGAGCCUCCAUGACCACCUUCGAUGGGGUGGAAGGAAAGCUGCCCCAUAGCGGCACCUACAAAAUGGCCGCCCUCUGCGACGAGAGGUCGGCCCACUGGUUUAAGGUGGUGGUGGAGGUCAGCGAGUGUCGGGACGAUGGGAUCCCGGCUGCUGUGUCUGUCUUUGUCUUCUUCAGAGAAGCUUUCAUCACCAUCAAUAACAACAUGGAGGUUUGGGUGAACGGCCUCUUUACCCGCCCCCCAACCCCAAUAUCCGAAGCCGUUUCCAUGGAUAUGAAGGCAGGGAACGUCACCAUCUCCCACACCUCAGGCCUGGAGGUUCAAUUCAGCCCCAUUGGGGAGGUGACGUUGACUGUCAAGGCCUCUCUGGUCAACAAACUCUGUGCCCCAUGCGGUAACUUCAAUGGGGACAUGGAGGACGACUUGAUGUUGCCCAAUGGCCGCGUGGCUCCGAGCAUCGCCGAGGUGGUGGACGCGUGGAAAGCCAAGGAUUUUGCUGGAUGCCGGGUCCCCAACCCCGUAAGGAUGGAAGUGGAAGCUCCUGUCUAUCCUGCCCCAUAAGGACGCCAUGAUGGGGGACGGAUGCAAGAGGAGCCCACACACCUCUCCUAAUUAUCACCUGCAUCAAUUAGCACUCAUUAACCUUUAGCCUAUGGAGGGCAGGCCCAAUGGGGCCCUGUGAUGGACCUCUAGACUUGCAUCAUUGAAGCGGAUACGAAGGCCUCGAUCCGACCCCAAAUUGAGGAGAAAAAUGGGGGUUUUGGGGCUGAUUUCAUCCUGGCGGGACCCACUGAUGCUGCUGAGAAGAAAUCAAGGCCGUCUGACCCCAAUCCCACCUCUUCUCACCCCAAAAAUCCCCUCCCUUUAUUCCCAUUGGAUGCCUCCAUGAACGGCGCUGCCUCUGCUGUUGGGUAAAGCAAUAAAACUUGUUUUUAUUUUUAUAUUUUAA